AUGGAAGAAAACACGCCAGAAAUGACGACGUCGGACGUUUGGGCGGAGCAGCGUGUGCUAGUAAAAUUCUGCAUGGAGCUUGGAAAAACGCCUGGAGAGACGAUGGAAUUUAUUAAUUCAAACACCGUAUGUAUGAAGUGUGAUAUGGUCAUAAAAUGUUCAGGAGGUGGGACGUCCAAUUUAUCAGCUCACAUUCGCCGACAUCAUCCGUCAUUAUUGUCGUCUGCUAAAUCAUUAAAAUCAAGUUCAAAAACUACCACCACUGAUGUUCAUGUGGACCAGAAACAAAGUGAGACUGUUUCUUUACCUACAAUACCAAAGCUAUUUGCGUCAAAGUAUGCCAGUAGUUCAGAUCGAUCUAAACUAAUAACAAAUAAAAUUGCAAGAUUUUUGGUGAAAGAUCUCCGUCCAUACAGUAUGGUAGAAAGUCCCGAGUUUAAAGACUUGAUCAGUUGCCUUGACCCAAGAUAUACUGUCCCAGGCAGGAAGGUGUUUUCAGAAAGAAUCAUACCCGAGAUGUAUGAAUCUGCCAAGGAAAAUGUGAAACUUAAUCUGAAGAAUGCAGAACAGGUUUCACUGACGACUGAUGGAUGGACGUCCUGUGCUACUGAAUCCUAUAUGACAGUUACAUCAAGCCAUAUCACUGAUAGUUGGGAGUUGAAGAACUUUGUGUUGCAGACCAGGGCACUCCCAGAGAGUCAUACAGCAGAGCAUGUUACAGCAGUAUUAAAUGCAGCAGUUGAGGAAUGGGCUCUACCAACAGGGCAUGGUAAGCCGACUCUAGUAACCGAUAAUGCAAGUAACAUGGUGAAAGCUGGAGAGUUGUUUGGUUCACUUCACCUUGGAUGUUAUGCUCACACAUUGAACAUAGCUGUGCAGAAAUGCUUAUCAGUAAAGAGAGCUAGUCACCUGCUUGCCAAGAUCCGUCGAAUAGUAGCUUUUUUUCACAGAAGCAACACUGCAAAUAAUAUCCUUCAAGUAAAGGCUGAGGCUCUAGGUCUUCCGCAGCAUAAAUUGAUCAUUGAUGUUAGCACAAGGUGGAACAGUGCAUAUGAUAUGGUGUCUAGAUUUCUCGAGAUGCAGGUGGCUGUGUUUGCGACCCUUAGGUCAAAAGAUGUUGGCAAAGUGAGUGAUGUCUCCAUUUCUGAUGAAGAACUGCUUCUAGCAGAGGAGAUGAUCAUGUUUCUAAAGCCCUUAAAGGAUAUCACAGUGAUGCUCUGCUCAGAAAACAACCCAACAGUCUCUGUAAUAAUGCCCUUACAACAUCAGAUUGUAAACUUCAUCUUGACAGGCACAGAUACUGAAUGCCCUGCAGUGACAGAGAUGAAGUCCUUGGUUAAGAAAAGUCUUGAAACUCGAUACAAAGGAAAUGAGAACCUCCUAACUGAAAUUGAUGAGCCAGAAUUACCAAGUUUGCCUGAAAAUACAGAGAGAGAUAGUAAACCAACUGAACAAGAAUCCACCCAAGGCCCACCUUCAAAGAAGAUCAAAACUGAAACAAAAUCAAUAUCAACAAGCAUGAAAAGUGCAAAAUCAUCAGUAUUUGGAGAAAUCUUUGGUGAUGUCUAUAUUUGUGCAGUUGAGCCACCCAAGACACCUCUUCUUCUUGCUCAGGCUGAAGUACAGCAGUACAAAGAAUGUCCACCAGUUCCCUUGGAUGUGAACCCUUUGCAGUGGUGGAAAGAUAAUGAGCACAAGUUCCCUCUUCUUGCUCGGGUUGUUAAGAAGUACCUGUGCAUUCCAGCCACUAGUGUUCCAUCUGAACGAGUCUUCUCUACUGCUGGAGAUAUUCUUUGUGCCCAGAGGUCACGUCUUAAAUCAAAACACGUUGACAAGUUGAUUUUCCUAAAGAAGGACUUGCUAUAA